AUGUUGUGCAAAGUGGUCCUGUUGUUGGCGUGCUGCGCCACAGUUCUUUCCGGCGGACUUCCAAAUAAGCUGCCGAUUAGCAAGUUGGGGUUGAGCAAGGCUGGUGCUGGCAGACUCAUCGGUGGAACGCCGGUUGCGAAGGGCGAGGUCCCCUGGCAUAUCUCGCUCCAGUAUUUUGACCAAAUGAAAUCAGAAUGGGUAUAUUUUUGUGACGGCAGCAUCAUCUCCAGAGAUUUCAUCCUCACGGACGCAUUUUGUAGCUUGGAGAGUCUGGACACUAUGAGAGUAAUAGCUGGCACCUCGGAUUUGACCAACCCUCGCAACAUAACCGAAGCCUAUAACGACGACCGAACAAGCAACCACCUGACCCUCUACAGGGUGGACCCACCGUUUGAAUUCGAUUGCUCCAUUCAAGCUGUCCAGCUUCCCGCUCGGUUCUCUGCUUCCGUGCCAGGAACUGUCACGACGGUCUCAGGCGUGGGCGAGUCUGCCCCUUAUCAGCCUUCUGGAAGACUCGAGAAGCUGCUGGUGCCGAUUGUGUCCAAGGACUUGUGCUCCAUCCUGCUGCCAGGAGCGGAUUUAAUCUAUUUAAUUUGCGCUGGGGAUUCCGACGAAACAACCGGCUUUUGCACUAGUAUCGGAUAUGGUUCUCCUCUGGCUUAUAACAGUGAACUCCGUGGUAUUUUAUACAGCAAGCCUGGUUGUAACUUACCUGAGCUUUAUACGGAAGUGUCCCUAUUCCGCGAGUGGAUCUUCCGAAUCACCGGAGUGUAA